CAUGCGCAUGCUGCUGCCGGCGUCGACUCCGAUCUAGUGGUAGAGAGAAAGAGGAUGGACCCGACGGUGCCGGCGAAGCGCAAGCUGAGCCAGGACGUCCGGGUGGAUGCGCAGCGGGCGUACAUUGCCCGGACGGCGCCGCACCUUCUCGAGGAUGGCGCUAAUGGCAGCUCCUCUCCUCCACCAGGUUCGCCCUCGCAGUUGCCGUCUUCACUGAGCCCCACGCCGACCCCGGGCCCACUGCACUACUACGACGACGAUGGGAGAGAACGGAGCGGGUCACGAGGACCGAGACUGUCGACUCCGCCGACGCCUGCGCCUGCGCAGCCCAAGUCGCAUCACACUGUGCCGAAGCGCUAUCGUGGACCCCAACCCCUGCUGGGCGAUGCCGAAGACAUAGCGCCUCUUCCUACCUUGGUUGCGGUCCCUGGAUGUCUCUCGCUCUUCGACACGAUCAAUUACCCUCUGAAUCGAAAUGGCUGGCGCUAUGUUGCGGCUGGUCCCUGCUCCGCCUCGCUUCCUCACAGCGUGUAUCGCACUUUGGAAACAUCCCCUAGGGGCAUUCAUUGGAGCUGGACCGAUCGGAGUCCCUACACACACAUCUCAAACGACGCUGCCAUCGUCUCAUCAGACCGAGGCUUCCGAAGUGCCAGGACAAACGUCCCAGUGAGGCAAGGCUCGUGGUAUGUCGAGGUGCACAUUCUCGAGCCAGAGACAAUGAACCAUGCUGCCGCCCUGUCCCAUCCGGACAACCACCACAAUCACCACCACAAUCAUGACGAGGGCUCACUUCCAGCCGCUGGAAUCACUCAUCAUCACGGCCAGACCCCGAUAGCAACGGCCGGAGCCGCUCCACGCCGACCAAUGUCCGACGGCCCACAUGUGCGCCUAGGCUGGGGGAGAAGAGAAGCACCUCUCAAUGCGCCCGUUGGCUUUGACGGCUACUCGUACGGCCUGAGAGACACCAACGGCGACAAGGUCUUUCUCUCUCGUCCUCAGUCCUAUGGUUGCCGCUUUGGUCCGGGCGAUGUCGUUGGCAUGUACAUCUCCAUCCCCAGCCCUGAUGCGAACGCCGACAAGGUAGACGUCGACCCGCUGGACCCGGCGAGGAUCCGAAGAAAGCGGCUGCCGAUCCGCUACAAGUCGCAGCUGUACUUUGAGAGUCUCGAGUACGCGCAAUCAAAGGAAAUGGAGGCCUUGAUGGAGAGAAGUCGGCGAGGCGACAAGGACGUCGUCGCUGCCCUCUCGACGGGAAGCUCCGGAGCCGUGGCAAGCUGCCUCCAUGCUCCUCUUUCCGACGGGAAAGCCGGUCCAGGCGGCCAUGGAAAGGGCAUCAAGGGCGGUGUCGACCAGCCAGGCUCCGGAAGCGGAGGUAAAAGUAGUGCAAAUGGAGCAGGUACGACUGGAUCCUCUGCCAAGAAGCGAAAGGGCGGUGCAAAUGGACCUGGAGGUCCCAAAGAGGCGCCUUCCAAUGGCAAUGGCAAAAAGGCAGAAGCUGCGCUCAGGCCACUGCCGACCUUGGGCUCAGAGUCCAAGAUUGGCUUCUUUAUCAAUGGCGAGCCUCAAGGGAUUGCUUUUCGGGAUCUGCUCGACUUCAGACCGCUGCGAAGAGCCGCAGCGGACAAGCAGCAACGAGCGGGUGGCAGUGGCGCUGCGAGCGGCAACACAACCUCGCUCUCGCUUGCUGACCUCGACGAAGGGAGCGGAACGGUCAUCACUUCGAGCUCCUCGCUGGCUUCCAUUGUCAAGAGCCGCGAGAACGCGUUUGACGACGGCGCAAUGGGCUACUUUCCCUUUGUGAGCCUCUUCGGAGGCGCCCGUGCCCGCGUCGUGAGCAGGCGCGAAGACUUUGCCUUUUGCCCGCCCGACGACAUCGAACGCGCCCUCGACGGUGAGAGUUCCGGAGGCGCCCCAAGCAACUGGAGACCGCUGGCGGAGCGCUAUGACGAAUUCAUGGAGGAAAUGUGGCGGUACGACAUCGAGGACGAGGCCAGGGCCGCAGCGCGGUACCAGGCGUCCAAGGAUGCCAGGGGUGGCAAGUCCGAGAGCAGCGAGAGCGAGAGCGGGGACAGCAGCGGCGGCAGUAGUGGGGAAGAGGAGGAGGAAGAGGGCGGCGAAGCUGGAGACGAGGUAAAAGCGGCUGCGGCACAGACCAAUGGCAAGAAGAAACGCAAGGCGCAGGUCAAUGGAGGACGAAGGGGGAGCAGUAAUGGCAGUAGCGCGAGGGGAAGUGCGAGUGCAAGGAACAGCCGAAGCGCAACGCCGAGCGUCCCCCUCAAUGGAAGUCAUACGAGUCGGCCGACUGGAAUCACCGGAACCCCGCCCCCGCUUCCUUCUCCGACGGCAGCGUUGGAUGCCUCAAUAUCGACAUCAACUCCCCCAACAGUAUUGUCUCCAGUAGAGAUGCCGAUGGUCAAACAAGAGGAUGACGGGGUCAAUAGUCCUGCUGUCGCGAUGGAACUCGUUGAACAAGAUCCCCAAGAAAGCGGUGCAGCAGAAGCAGCAACAGUCAAGGAUGAGGGAGAAUUUACUUCUCUGCAACCUCAAUCGAUGGACGUCGAUUAGAGGCUCAAAGGCACUAAUUGUGUCUUUCUUUGUGAGCAAGCAAACCACUCAUUUCCCAUGUUCUCGAAGCAAUCUAUCUGUGUUGGAAUUGGAUGCGAAACAAAACGGAUAUGGCGGCUGGGUUACAGCAGUUUAUCAUCCUGCAGCGGUCGACCCACAGGAGGGGUAAUUUUUUGAAAGAGGAACUGAAAGCAAGGAUUGUUGC